CCAGGACGCAACGGAGGAGGAGGAGGAGGAGGAGGAAGGCGGGCACACUCCACCCACCCGAGUGGAGCCUCAUUUCAUCCCUUGGUUCCUCGGAGGGCGACGAGUGAGCAUCUCUUCCCGAAGUCUCCGAAAGGACGCGGGUGACGCGUCCGCUGAGGAAUUAGACGACCCCAUAAGGACGCGCAGAGCCGAGAGCUCGCGCCUGGUCACAACAAGGGCGACACUGAGCAAAAGUAGCCGACGGAGCGGAGCGACGCGAGCGGACGCGUCCGAAGCGACAUGUUUGGAAUGAUCAAGAACUCGCUCUUCGGAAACACCGAAGAGACGGAAUACAAACUGCUGAGCAGCGAGACGAAGGACGGCGUGAGCUUCGAGGUGCGGCGCUACGAUGCUGCCAAGUUUGCGGUGGUCUCCUCCGAGGGACGGAACUUCGACCAGGUGACGGGGGAGCUGAUGAGGAAGCUGCUCAUGUACAUCGGAGGCAGCAACGAGCAAGGUGAAUCCAUGGGCACCGCAGCUCCCAUCAUCAUCACAGUGUUCCCGCGGAACGACGGCGUGCUGUCCCGCCGUUUGAUGGUUGCCAUCAAAAUCCCCUCGGUCUACCAGCAGUGUCCUCCCAACCCCUCGGACGCCACCAUCCAGAUCGAGGAGAGGCCCGGCAUGACCGUCUACGCUCUGCAGUUCGGAGGCUUUGCGGGGGAGAGCGAGUUCCGGGCGGAGGCCCUGCGUCUGACGCGCACCCUGGGCGAGACGGCCCCCUUCCAGCGCAAGCAGUACUUCUGCUGCAGCUACGACCCGCUGAGGCCUUACGGACGCCGCAACGAGGUGUGGUUCCUCCAGGAGGAGCCGUAGGAACCGCCGGCCGCGCUCUUCCCGACCUCAGCUACACUUCCAUCACACACAGACACACAGUCCUGGAGCUCUGACGUUGGAGCAGUAGGAGCAACGAGGAGCUGCUUAGACCUUUGAACACAGACGGAGGAUUUCCAUGCUGCUGCACCAUCUGAGCUUCUGUUUGUUGAAGUUAGAUUUCAGUGUCGGUGCUGCAGCAUUUUCUCAAUUCAUUAUCACAUUUUCUAUAUUUAAACUUGUAGCUCAGAAACAAAAACACAUGACAAAAGUGAAUAAAACAAGUGACAGUUUAGUUUUGCAGCUGCUGACGCAGGUUUACAGGUGGAGGCAGAGGUCACUUCAACAGACAGUCCAGACAUGUUUGUCCUGAGAACACGCACAUUAGAAAAAAUAACCUUAGAGACGUGGAAAUAAAAGCACAUCCUGACUAAGGAACAAGACUGAACCAGGAUUUGAGCCAUAAAGUAGAACUAGCAGUCAUGAAUCAAUGGGCUGUGAGCAGAACACGCUCACUGCUGUUGAGGUACAAAUAUGUGACUAUAAACUACAUUGGUCCUGAAAACAUUUGUGUUUUAGUGCAUGAUGUGAUUUAAUGUCGUCAGACUCCAGUAGAUGUUGUAUCAUGUGGCUGUGCAGUGAAUGUAACGGAAUAAAUGUCCUUCAGUUGCAGCGUG